AUGAACGUUGAAACCGGUCAGAUAGGUUCAGAAAGACAAAAAGCUAGAGAUCUCAGAAUAAGAGUUGAAUAUUUUGACAAAUUUGUUAAACUGCUGAUGAAUCGACUUAUUGAUUACUUAAAUUUUAUUAAUCAUAAGGACAAAUUUUCUACUUUUAAGGGUGCUCUUUCAGUAGAUUUGUAUAAAACUAAAAGGACUCCUUCUGGCACACCAAUAUCCAUUAUUGAAAUUGUGACUAAUAAUGAUUUUGGAUACCUUUCAGACAGACAAACAUCUGUAGAAGCUAUAUUAAAUACGCCAAGCUAUUCAUUACAAUUAUUUUUAUCUGUCAAUGAAGGCAAAAGAAUUUCUAUGUUGAAAGCAGCUAUUAAUAGUUUAUCAGCUCACGUCUGGCAUUCAAUCAAUAGUUUGAUAAAGGACUCAAUUUCUCAAGAAGUUGCUCAGAGAUAUCAGCUCAGAUUUCUUGUUUCCAUGGUGCAAUCUUACAGAACAUUGGAAUUACUUUGUGCAUUAAAACCUCAUAAGCAAGGUCAAACUAUUAAAUCCCAAGUUACAAAAAAAAUUUUAAAGAGGAGUAAUGGACAAUUAAAUGAAAAGGAUUUAACAUUAAAUUUACAAUGA